GCCUUUGAGAUUUUCUAGUUCCCCCACAAAUCUCUCUCAAUCUUCUCUGGCAAUCUUGCUCAACGAAGCAGCCUAGCUUGCAAGCUAAACGGGACCAUUUCUGAUCAGGAGGAAGCUGGGGAAUCAAACACCAGAACAGAACGGUCCCCAGUUUGGAUAACAGUAUACCCACCAAACCAAUUUCACCACUCUCUUUUUCUCCCUUUAUCCCUGUAGACAGGAAAGUGGGGGGGGGGGGGCGAAAGAUCAAAGAUGCUUCUAUAUCUCACCUUGUUCUGUGUCCCUUUCCAAGCAGGAAUCUUCACUACCAAGCUGCCAUGACUCACAAAUCAGUUUCUACUUGAGAAGCUCAAAGGAAAUACCAUCCCUGGUUUUCAAAAUUGACCCAGAAGAAGAAGAAGAAGAACCAUCAAACCAAUCCUUAGUAGAUGCUGCUUCAGAUUUUAACCCCAUAUAUCCAACAGAAAAUCUGCCACAGCUGAGUAGAGACUCAAAAUCAAUUCGUAGUCGAGAAGCAGAAAGUGAUAUCAUUCCCAGAUUUCAAAGUUCAGAGUCAAGAAAACCCAUCAGAUCAGUCCUUACCCGUAGCUGCUACAAAUUCUGGUUCCACCCAUAAGUAAAUUUGCCACGAGCCGUAGUAUCAGUGACCCGGAAACCAGUUUCUAGUCAAGAAGCCGAAACAAGUAACAUUCCAUGAUUUCAAAGUUCAGAAACCAAUAAAAAUUCUUUGCGGUGUGUGCUUCAAAUUUUGCUCCAAGACAAAAACCAGUUGCCAUCCAAGAAGCAGAAGUGAAUACCGUUUUUGUGCUUCGAAGUUGAAGACACAAGCAAAACCCUUCGAAAUCCUUACUUCGGUUUAAGAUCCAUCAGAAAGCGAAAACCUGUGAGCGGUGAAUAUGCAUCGCCGUCUUCUCGACGCCGGGCUAAGUGUGUCUCCGGCAUAUAGGAGUAAGACCCAUGAAUCGUUCGUGCGAGAUGUAAACUUCGACGCGAACAUGGUGAUCAUACUGGCGGCUUUGUUGUGCGCAUUAAUAUGCGCGCUUGGGUUGAACUCGAUGGUGCGAUGUGUGUUGCGUUGUAGCCAAAGAUUUUCCACAGAGACCACAGAACAAACAGCUGCCAGGCUUGCCUCAACGGGCCUGAAGAAACGUCACCUGAGCCGGAUUCCGGUGAAAGAGUACGGGCCCGGGGCGAACAUACCGGCGACGGAGUGCCCGAUAUGCCUCGGGGAGUUCGAGAAAGGAGAUAAGGUGCGAAUGCUGCCAAAAUGCAAUCACGGGUUCCAUGUGAGGUGCAUAGACACAUGGCUUUUGUCACAUUCUUCUUGCCCCAACUGUCGCCAUUCGCUGCUAGAGAAAUCCACAAAUCCGAGUUUGAAUUCGAAUGGGAGGACUGAAGGAGGAGAACCCGCCGGAGCUCAGGCACCGGCAGAUGGGCCCGGCAACAUGCAAGUCCACGCCGUGGUCGUCGACGAGCAGGCAAGUUGAAGAAAUGGUCCAAUCAGAGUGAUUUAGAAAUUUAGUUUUGCUAUAGUACAAGGACAAAAAAAAAAGAAGGAAAUUUAGGUUUGCUCGCGGCAACCGUUAAUAAUAGUAAUAAUUAAUAGUUAACUUCUUUAAUGAUAUUUAAGUCUCAAAAUAUUAAUUUAAUUACUGUUUAAGUUCUAAAAUUUUUCACGAAAGGUAAAUUACAGAUAGAAAAAAUUGGUUAAAAGUAUUUACUUAGAAAUUUUAUUGAUUAGAGGGGCUUGCAU